UUUUCUUCAUGAUACUGGGUGGGUAACUUGAAUCCUCCACUAAAUAUUACUCGUAAACAGGAAGUAAGGGUCGAUAGUUCAAUAAAACACCUGUUUUCCCUAAAGCUACAAGUGUUGUGGUAUAGUUAUUUACCAUGCACAGUUUGUGUAUGCACUAAUAUUCCUACUCCUUGUGAGUUACUGUCCUCUCCAUGCUAAGCGUGCCAUCAUUUUGGAUUGGACAGAAGCCGCCCACUUCAGUUAUCUUUAGCUCUGUAGCUUUCAGUGCAUCAGCAUAUAAAAAGGAGACAGCUGCAGUUUUGUAUCUACACUUAGAUCAUGCAGUAUAAAAUGCAUAUUUCAGAAAAACAACUGAUUUAUGUACCGUUAACUUUUUGACAUUUAUUUUGUUUGAAGACGAUCCUCUUUUACGCCGUUUGCUGAAAGAUGGGGUGAUGUCUCGUGUUUGGUCGUAAACCAAUCAAGUUAUCACCUGAAGAAAGACAGCAAUUAGAAAGAGAAGCAAACUUUUGGGCUAGAUGUCCUAAAUUCUGCCUAACGAACUGGGCCCACGUGGUAAUCUACUGGUUGUUAGUGAUGCAGAGGAGGAGGUGAGGAAUAUACAGGGGCUGAGGUGAACACAAACCGAACGGACCAAAGUUGCAGUAUAAAUGAGGAAGGCAGGCAAACUAGACGCAAUAGAGACAGCACUGUCAACCUUACGACUCUCAAUGGGGCGAUGUGCAGACGAGGUACGUACCCUGCAGUCGGGAUUCGCUGAGAUCGACUCCAGGCUAAAAUAUGUGGAAUACAAAACUAUCGACCUGGAGGCUACCUCUCGGCAAAAUAAUCUGCUCUUCCACGGCUUGCCGGAAACAAACCGUUAUGGCGAAUAUGAAGAUGUGGAGGCGCUGAUACGGGAGUUUAUUGUGAACCUUUUAAAGAUGGAAUCUGGCAACACGAUGGACUUGCAGUCUGUUUACAGACUUGGUAGUGUUAAAAGGUACGAUUCAGGACGUUCCGACUUUGGAAUUCGUCCAAUUAUUGUUGUUUUCAAGGACUACAUUGACGCUGAAACUGUGAUCGAUCAGGCACGCGCGCUGAAAGGCACUCGGUACGCCAUUAGUAGGGAUUACCCCCGAGAACUAAAUGAUGCACGCAAAAAACUUCUUCCCAUGAUGAAACAGGCUCGACAGGCUCGCCAAGCAGCCCGAAUCUUGUACCCUGCCAAACUGGUGAUUAACGGUGAAGUCACCAGGGAUGAGUUUCCAGGUUGGGAGGACAUCGUUGGCAAGGACUCGAAUUCCAUAGCGGACCAAUCAAAUUCAGGUUACGGGUCCAUGGGCCAAAACAGCGGAAGUUGCACUGACCUCAACGGGAACAAUUCAAGGGAUUACAGGAAUGUAAACAAAAUUGACUUUGCAAACGUAGAACCCGGUUGGACUCUCGUUGUUGAUGCGCACAAACCUAUGAAGAAAUGGAAAAGCUGUGAUGUUCUUAACAGUGGCUUUAAAAACAACAGAAACCGUCAAAACGGUAUGUCGAACUAUACUGUUUGGAAACGGGGAGGUAACGUAAGGGGCAACCGUUUCUACAACGAUGGUAAUUUUUGACUUGAUAAAUGACCAACAGGUGACUUGUACAUAAAGUUUCAUUACAACGGCAUAAAAUUUAGACAACUCUUGUCUUUCAUGGAUGUAUUUGCACAUUCUAUUCAUAUUCCAGGGAAUUCGGUUCUGUCUUCUCACAGGAACAUCAUUUGUAAACCGGCUCUUCCAGAUUUCUAGUGCUUUCUGUGAUUUAGUUAAUAUUUGUUUAGUUGCAUUGUAUGAAUUUCGACAUGAUGCCAUCCAGUGCAACUGCUUAUUCAUAUGUCUUCUACAUGUUUUGCUGAAAUGCUAGAAUCAUUGACGAUCUCCGGUACUUUGGGUACUAACUGUAUUCUUUCAAUCGUAUGCCAGAUAUUUUGUUUUUAAUUGUAUAAUUUGCGGGUUUCUUACUUUUAAUUUUAGUAUGGAUACGUCGAAAAAUACAUAUAUAUAUAUUUAAAGAGAUAUAUUGACUCCUGCUUCUAUUAUCUAAUGUCGUGGUGCAUAAGUACACAACAUUAAUGAUAUUGAUAUUGUGUAAUUUGCAAUAUCAAAAAGGUUAUAUAAGCCUGUGACCGUUGGUAGUUGUCGUAACAAAGCAACAUACACUGAAAGAAUAAUCUGUUAAUUUUAACUCAAAAUUUGUUGUUUAAGUGAUGAUAGAAUGUAUUCUGUUAUCAUAACAGUGUAGCAUUUUAAACAUAAUAUCCUGUUAGUCUGAAGCAAUUUUGAUGUUGAAUUAAUACAUGUGCUACAUUUAACAGAAUAAUCUGAUGGAAUAACAGAAUACAUUCUAGUAUCACUCAAACAUCAGACUUUCUGUUAAAUUUAACACAUUAUUUUUUCGGAGAAUGACAGAUCCACAAAAUAAAAUAAAUCUGCAAACGUGAACACCGGAGUUGUCAGCUAAAUAACUUGAACUUUUUUCACGAACUAUUGCAUAUGUAAGUGACUCAGUAUGAUGUUCAUGCCUAUGUUUCUGUGUAUUCGAAGUUUUAUAUUUUAUUUAUUUAAGAUUCCAUGAAGAUCUCAGCAAACAUGUAUUUUACAAUGCUCUAGGGUACAGUGUACAAUGCUUGCUAUAGCAAACCGUUUUGGUGUUUACUCUCUUAUUAUACAUACGUGCAAUUCAUUUUGCACAUAAUGGAAAUCUUUUGCACACAAGUGCAAAUAAGAGAUGACUGUUCAUGUGUACAAAAAUUCGUAAAAAUGGGUUGCCAAAGAAAAUAUUGUAUUUUAUCUUGAUUUAAGGUAAAAUGAUCAUGGAGAUAGAACUGCGGAGAGGAACAAAUCUUAAAGUGGAUAAAUCCAGUUGUGGCGAAGGAGAUACAUAUGGUAUAUUUCUGUGUAUGUUUAUAUACUGAAUG